GUGUUUAAUUAAAACGGGCGUGGUCAAUAGUUAAUCCACGUGUAGUAAAAUGAAGAAAGGAAGACAAAAAGUGAAAGAUUUCUCCAAAAAGAAGGUAAAGUUUGGAAAAGGAAAGAAGAAGCAGGCAGCAGACAAUGUCACCAGAGCAACCUUUAAGGCCCAGUCGAUCGCAGUACCUCAGCAGCUGGAGGAAAAGGGGAAAGGAGGAGGUCCAAUAACUCAUCGUCAUCUGUCAUUUAACGAUCUCCUGAAGCAGUUGUCUCAUCCUAAGCCAUCAGUUGUUAGUGAUGCUCUCAAUGGUCUCAGGGAACUAAUUUCAACCCCUUCUCCAGUCUCAUUAUUGCAAUCAGACACAGCCUCAUUGAGACAACUACUCAAGGACUUGGUUCCGGUUUUUUUAAAUACUGACAAAUCCGUCCACCACUCUCUCUUCCUCUUCCUCAAGUCUAUGUUUCAGACCACACCCACUGACCUAAUGGCCCCUUAUAUUGAGUACUUACUAACUGGAGUCAGUGCUUCAGUGACUCAUAUUGAUCUCUCUGUUCGUUUCUCCGGAAUAUCACUCGUAGAUCUUUUCUUAGAGUACUACCCAUGUUUACUACGUCAGCAUAUUUCAUACCUCUUGCCUUAUUAUGUGUCUUUAUUGUCGCAGUUCUCACCCUCUGGGGGUACUCAACGUAGCGUCAAAGUACUCGAUUGGACUAAGAAGACUGUCAUAAUUAAUCAGCUGCUCUCUCUCUUUAAACUAUUGACUGAUUGUUCAACAGCACCUCAGCCUACUACUAAUGACAAGUUUGAGUCACCUUUGAUUGAUCUUGAGAAGGAAGUAGUUGAGAUUGGCGACGGCUUUCAUGUCGGUAUGUAUGAUUAUUUCCAAUCUUCUGCUUUAUUAUUACAAUUAUCACAAUCGGCUUAUUCUUUGACCUCUUCUGACUCCUUAGUCAACAACCUCUCUACUACUCCUUCCACUGUAGCAUCAACUGAUAUAGUGUCUUCUCUUCUUACAAUAAUAAUGGAGUAUUGGAUUGAGACGAUACCUACUCUCUCUUCCCCUCCACCUCCCUCCUUUUUCUCUCUUGGGAAGAGAAAACGAAAGUCUAAGAUGGUCCAGUCUCAGUCUCGCCCGCUAGUUGUCUCUCUCUUGGAGUUGAUUGGGAUCCUCCUGGAGAUGAAAGGUUCUAUCAAUGAGCACCAGAGGCAGAUAGUACAGCAUCACUUCCUUCCCUACUUCCCCCUCUCUCAGUUUGAGGCUCACGUUAAUAUUCAGUUUUCAUUUUUGUUGGUUCUCAUGGGCGGAGACUUUGCUCUGGAUCAAGUGUUUCGAUUUCUUGCCAUUUCCUUGCCUUCCUCACACCAGCUCUCUCACUCUGCUCCUCUUAUCAUUAAAAUAUUAAAAGUUUUGAAUGUCAAGGCUAUGAUUCCCUCGAACUCGAGAGAUUCACUGAUUUCAUUUUACGAUUCUGUUUUUCGUGCAUUUAUAUCAAAGCGGAUGACGUCAUCGUCUCUGGAGAUUGUGUUACUAUUUUUAGAACAGGUUUUGGAUGGGAUUGUGAGGUUUGACAAGAAACCCUCGUCUGCUUUCACAGAGUUUUUCUUUCACCCAUGUUUGUCGUACCUCCCGAAUUUGCUGAAUGCUGAGUCAUCAGUCUGUGGUGGGCGUGUAAUGUUAAUAAAGUUAUUAUUAAAGCUAAUCAAUUAUUCAUUGUCGCUAAGGAUUGGAUCAGUAGAAAAAUCAAUUUUGGAUAAUUUUAAUAAUAUUUAUGGCCCUGAUGGAUUCAUUACUGUUAUUCCUCAAUGUCUUCUCCCUCCAACCAUUAGUCUUCUUCAUCAUUUAUCAGUCCUAACACAUUCCAAUAUGUCUGUUCUCUUCUCUCUGGUGUGGAGCGGCAAGUUACCACUCUCUACCAUCACUUCUCUUGUUCAUCUCUUACACAACAGGUGUUUGCUGUUGACGAGUGACGAGUUUGAAAACAAUGUAGUUAAUGAUAUAGAGCAAGUCUCUCACCACAUCAGCUUCCUUCUCUCACUCUUAAUGACUUAUCCUUUAGAUAAACUCACCAGUUUGACAUCAAAACCCAACAAAGGGCCUCUGAUAGAGCCACCUCUUCCUUUCCCUGCCCCCCAGUUAAAGGAAAGAGACACACUAAUAGAUGCCAUUGUGUCAAGUCUCUCACAGUCUCUGCCAAUUGAUGACACUCUUAUACUCAAUGUUUUGAUUCGAUUAAUUAAGCCAAUUAAAGUUUUUCCAUUGGACACAGUGUAUGGGAUUAUGUGCCUUAUCUCCCAGAGGUCAACUCCUCUUCCUCCCUCUCUCUCUGCUGCUAUCUCUCCACUUCUACUGGAAAUAAUCAUUGCCAAGGAAAUGGGCUAUGUAAAGCACGAAUACCUUGACAAAAGUGUAAAGUGUCUCCAGGGAAUGCUGGAGAGGAAUAUAAUGAAUAGAGAGAGAUUUGGUCAACUUGUUAGGGAGAGAAUUAAGACUAAUGUAGACAUUACUGGUUACUGUGUUGAUUUACAUGUAUGAUCGGAAUAUUUAUGAUUGAUAUAAUGAUUAAUGUUGAUGUGAAAGUUUAUUUGUUCUAUUGCCAGACAAAGCAAA